GCAUCUUUAGUGGAAACCCAGUUGAGGAACUCAUGGGUUCCCACAAAAUUGAGCUGGCUUUUGCUUUCUUCAUCUGGGCGUUACUGGCAUGCUUAUCUUCUUGCAAUACCUUCCCAAGUGAAUACUCCAUAGUGGAGCAAAAUGAAGUGCUCAACAACUUCCCUGCAGAAGAGAGAGUUGUGGAGCUCUUCAGGCUCUGGAAGCAGAAGCAUGGAAAGGUGUAUAGGCAUGCUGAAGAGAGUGAGAGGAGGUUUGAGAAUUUCAAGAGGAACCUCAAGUUUGUAUUGGAGAAGACUGCAAAGAAGAGGGCUGCAAACAAUGCACAUGAUAGCCAGAGGGUGGGGUUGAAUAGGUUUGCUGAUAUGAGCAAUGAGGAGUUUAGGAAGACUUACUUGUCUAAAAAGCUGAAAAUGCCCACCAGCAAAAGGAACAAUAUGAUGAGGAGAAUGCAUGAAGAACCAGUGCAUUCAUGUGAGGCUCCUUCAGCUUUGGAUUGGAGGAAAAAGGGAGCUGUGACUGGUGUCAAGGACCAAGGCAGUUGUGGAAGUUGCUGGGCAUUCUCUACAACCGGAGCUAUUGAAGGAAUCAAUGCAAUAGCCACCGGAGAACUCAUUAGUCUUUCAGAACAAGAACUUGUGGAUUGUGACAGUACCAAUGAGGGAUGUGAUGGAGGCUACAUGGACUAUGCUUUUGAAUGGGUUAUUGACAAUGGUGGUAUCAAUACAGAAAAAAAUUAUCCAUACACAGGUGUGGAUGGUACCUGCAAUGUCACCAAGGAGGAAACUAAAGUUGUCACCAUUGAUGGUUAUGAAGAUGUGGGAGAAACAGACAGUGAUCUUUUAUGUGCUACCGUUCAGCAACCCGUUAGUGUUGGUAUAGAUGGUUCUGCGUGGGAUUUCCAACUAUACACAGGAGGAAUCUACGAUGGCGACUGCUCCGACAAUCCAGAUGACAUUGACCAUGCACCUCUGGUCGUAGGAUACGGUUCCGAAGGCGAUGAAGAUUACUGGAUUGUAAAGAAUUCAUGGGGGACUAGUUGGGGGAUGGAUGGAUACAUUUACAUAAGAAGGAACACUAAUUUAAAAUAUGGGGUUUGUGCAAUCAAUGCCAUGGCUUCAUAUCCUACCAAGGAGUCAUCUGCACCAUCCCCAACAGCUCCACCACCACCUCCUACACCAGUGUCACCACCCCCUCCACCAACACCACCUACACCAGUGACACCACCGCCACCUCCCUCUCCUUCACCAAGUGACUGCGGAGACUUCUCCUAUUGUCCAAGUGAUGAGACAUGCUGUUGCCUCUUUGAAUUCUUGGACUACUGCCUCAUCUAUGGUUGCUGUGAAUAUCAAAAUGCGGUUUGCUGCACCGGAACUGACUACUGUUGCCCAAGUGAUUAUCCCAUUUGUGAUGUUGAAGAUGGUCUCUGCCUCAAGAAUGCGGGAGAUUUCUGGGGAGUAUCUGCAAAGAAGAGAAAAAUGGCCAAGCACAAGCUCCCAUGGACUAAAGUAGAGCAAACAGAGAAGACAUACCACCCACUGCAGUGGAAGAUGAACCGGUUUGCUGCAAUGCGCUGAAAAAGGGAAAGGAAGUUAUUGUUUCUGUGAAGUUUGAAGAAGGUUGUCACUAUUGGUAGUUAAAUUUGUGUAAAACAGGCAUUUGUUCCACCUGUUUUUUUUUUUGUUGACAUAUGUUCUUGUGAACAUUGAUUCAUUGAACAUAUGCUGUAAACGAAACCUGAAACAGAAACAUAUUUGAGAAAAGUGAUUUUUCUCUGCGUGAUGCAAUGGACGGAAUAAUUUGAUCGAUUACAGCUAA